AUGACUCACAACUCUUCGACCACCAUUAGCUACUGGGCGCCGUCAAGCCCCUCGCGCUUCUAUAUGCAGCUACACACGCCGCUUACACUCGCUCAGAUCCAGCUAGUUCACUCCUAUGAAGAUUUCGGCGUUUUGCACAUCCCGGCCAGCGAACCUGGUCUCGCAAACUUCUUACACCGCCGGAUCGAAUUUCUGGAGACUUCAUCUCAAGAUGCGCAGAUGAUGUCGAAGCUCGUCGCCAACUUGCACAGUCUAAAGGCCAGCGAUGGUGGUGGCGAUGGCACCAAAGUGAACAUUCUCAGCACCACAGUCCUUGGCGACGAAAGCGGUCAUCUGAUUCCUGAAGGCUAUAGACUGCUGUGGAAGUGGGCAAAACCGCACAGUCAGUAUCGGAAAUCGGGCUUCUGGGACUACAGCUUGACAAAAGUUUUGAUGGAUGCUGAGUGGAAUGCCGGUAAAGGCGUCUUGAUAUUGGUGAAGGCUGUGGAAGAGCAAGAGUACGAGCGAGUGAUGAAAGGUGAAACGAAGACUGAUGUGAUUUUCUCAUAG